AAAUUGACAAAUAAAGUACACGUGCUUUUGCUUGACAUUUGUACUUUUUCAUGUUAUAAAUAGUUUGCAAAAAAUAUUCCCAUUUUCCUUAAGCUAAAAAUAGUUAAUUUUAGACAAGUGAAAAAAAAUUGUUCCCAAAGUGAAUUUUCCAUUGAGAAAAGUAAAAAAUAUUUUUUACUUUAUGAAUUCAGUUCAUUCAGGUUUUAAACAUCAGUUAUAUUAUCGCACAUAACCUGAAAAUUUUGCGAUAAAGUACAAUAACAAACAACAAGCAGUAAAGUAUGUUAAACAAGGAAUUUCUGCGUGCAGCGCAAAAAGGCGAUUUAGCAAAAUUUAUUGAAUUGAAAAAUAAUAUUAAUGAUUGGUCGAUAAUUCGACAUGGUCCCUCGGGCGAUAGUCCAUUGCAUAUUGCAGCACGAGAGGGUCACUUGGAAAUUGUACGAUUUUUGUGCGAGAAUUGGAUGGAGCAAAAAUGCACCAUUGAAGUUGUUAAUCUUGAGAUGAAAACUCCUUUACAUGAGGCUGCACAAUUUUCGAGAACAACUGUCGUUGAUUAUUUUGUUGAGAAAGGGGCAAAUGUGAAUGCUUUAAAGCGAGCCGACUGGACUCCUCUAAUGUUGGCGACAACAAAAACAGGAGUCGAUGCUUAUCACUGCGUCAGAGCAUUAUUAAAUGCAAAUGCAAAUUUAUCAAUUAAAAAUAAAGAUGGAUGGACAGCCUUCCAUGUAGCUUGUCGUUCGGCCGAUAUUGAUAUAGUAAAUCUUCUAUUAAAAUACUCAUCAAAAUGUAUUGAGGCCAGAAGCAACAAUGGACGAAAUGCUUUACAUAUUGCUGCAUUUCAUGGAUGCGAAAAUAUAAUUGAACUGCUAGUAUCGAGAGAUGGGGAUUUAUUAAAUGCCCCCGAUUCAUCGGGUUCAACAUCAUUGCAUGAAUCGAUAAAAAGUAAAAAUUUGAAUGUAAUGAAACUAUUGAUAAAACUUGGCGCCGAUAUUAAUGCCAUUGACGAUGUUAGACAAAAUAUUCUUCAUAUUGCCGCUGCCGUUGGAAAUAUCGAUAUUGUUCAAUACAUUUUGGAAUGUAACAUGAUCGACGUUCAAUCAGAGGCUCUGUUUCAUAUUACGCCAUUAGUUGCUGCACAACGGAACGCUCAAUACGAUAUUGUUGAAUUAUUGUUAAAAUAUUCCUCUGAUAAUAAACGUGAAGAUGUAUAGUGUUUAA